CUUUAAAUUAAAUCUAAACUUAUUUCUUGUUCUUAUAAAUAGUACUAUUAUUGAGGCAAAAGAUUUAGUUCGAUUCUCAGAUACUUUUCCUUUUUUCUCGGUCUAUCUUAUCCUAUAAUUCUAAAAAAUAAUAAUAGCAUACCCAUUACCUAAUAAUGGAGCAGUGUGAGAGUGGUUUGCUUAGGUACCCUCUAUUGGAAAAUUAUAAUGAUGAAUUGGAGGUAAUUAAGGAUUAUGGUACUCCAACACAAGGCAAAACCUCCUUUACCAAAACUGUUUUCAAUGGCCUUAACGCUCUUUCAGGAGUUGGAAUACUAUCAGUACCAUAUGCUCUGGCUUCGGGUGGCUGGUUAAGCCUCAUUUUAAUCUUCAUAGUGGCAAUAGCAGCAUUCUACACAGGCUUACUCAUAAAGCGUUGCAUGGAAGAUGAUCCCAGGAUUAAAUCAUACCCAGAUAUUGGGGAGCGAGCAUUUGGGAAAAUCGGAAGAACAAUCAUAUCAACAUUUAUGUGCACAGAGCUAUAUUUAGUUGUAACAGGCUUUCUAAUAAUGGAAGGUGAUAAUCUGCACAAUCUAUUUCCAGAACUUUCCUUGGAAGCUUCUGGAAUAAAAAUAGGAGGAAGAGAAAGUUUUGUGUUGAUUGUGGCGUUAAUCAUGCUUCCAACUGUAUAUUUAGAUGAUCUUCGUAGUCUGUCGUAUAUAUCUGCAACAGGUGUGAUAGCUUCGUUUAUAAUAAUAGCAUCAGUUGUACGAGUUGCUACAUUUGAUGGGAUUGGAUUUCAUUACAAAGGAGAGCUUGUUGUUUGGUCUGGGAUUCCUACUGCUGUUAGCUUAUACGGCUUUUGCUAUUGUGCUCAUCCUGUUUUUCCUACCCUAUAUCACUCCAUGGAGAAAAAACAUCACUUCUCUAAGGUACUUCUUCUAUGUUUCCUAUACUCGACAAUUGGUUACGCUUUCAUGGCAAUUAUAGGCUACUUAAUGUUUGGUCCAAACAUAAAUCCACAAAUAACUCUAAACCUUCCGGCCGGCAAAUUAUGGUCUAAAAUAGCAAUUUAUACGACAUUGGUUAAUCCUCUAUCAAAAUAUGCAUUAAUGUUACAACCCGUUGUAAAUGCUACUGAGAGUUGGUUUCCAAAAUUUCGAAAAAACAUAUACUUUAAGAUAAUAAUACGGACAUUAUUAGUUAUUAGUCAAGUUUUAAUAGCUUUAAUUGUUCCUUUUUUUGGAUAUUUAAUGACUCUUAUUGGAGCGUUUUUAAGUCUUAGUGCGUCAAUUACUAUUCCUUGUUUGUGUUAUUUGAAGAUUUCGGGCUUUUCUUUUAAAGGUGAGAAAUUAUUAGUGAUUGGUACUAUUUUGUUAAGCAUAAUUAUUGCUAUUUUUGGUACCUACACUUCUUUAGUACAAAUUAUAAAUGAAACUCUUGUAAUUACAAAGUGAUUACUAUUAACAACAUGUUUAUGGAUGAGAUUCAAUAAAAAGGAAUUGAAAUAUUUUCAAAAA